GGGAGGGCAACGAAUCUACAGGAGAGUUUAAAACUCACGAAUUUCGUCUGGAAAUUUGAAAAUUUCCCAUGGUAAAUGCUGACGAACGAAAGCAGAAAAUGUGUAGACACUACUGAUUGCAGCAAGAAGUUGUGACAACCGUCUUAUUCGGAAGAAAUAUCGUUUCGGACUAAAAUUGUACUCUUUCAAAAUCCAAGAUGGGAGACGUUGCCGAUGCAAGAUUCGAAUUUAUCUCAGAUUACAUUCUGAAAAGUUACAAACUGAAGCCGGACAAGUGGGCAAAAUGUAUUGGUGUAGAGGACAACAGGAUUCUAAUAUUGGAAUUCCUUGAAAAAGCAGACAUUCCACAGCUAGUUUUCACUGUAAAUGCAGCCGGUUUGAUCACACCGUCCUCUGAAUUUCCACAGUCGCUGAAGAACAACAAGGCAAUAUAUUUUAUUAAGAAAAGUAGGGAGGCCCUCGGUAAAGACAGCUUCAAGCAGAAUGUUGUGUAUGGAGAUCUGUCAUAUUCACCAUUGGAGCAGCUUUCUGCUCUUGUGGAUGAGGUUCUCGUACCACUUUUGUCAAAUCCAAGAAACCAUGAGCAGUGGCCGUACGUUGUCUCUCAAGAUGUCUUGAGACACGUUCACAAUCUGAAGAGCAGUGUGUACGUAGUCGCUGGUCAGGUUAAGGGGAAAACUCUCCUCCCUCUUCCAGUCGGCUCAGAAAAAGUGGAGUAUGCUGCAGAAGCAGAAGAAAAAGAUGACUCGUAUGACAGGAGUCUCGUCCACUCCAUCGAAUCAGUCAUCAUUGAUUGGACACAUCAGAUCCGAGAUGUGCUCAAAAGGGACUCUGCUCAGCCCCUACUGGAAGGUCUGAACCCAGGUCCCCACGUAGAGAUCCAAUUCUGGAAGGCUAAAUGUGAAAACUUGGAGUGCAUCUUCCAACAGCUUCGCGACCCAAAGGUGCGCAAAAUGAAACAGCUCCUGGAGAGGACAGAAAGUAGCUACCUGCCAUCUUUUAAGAAUAUUGAGAGGGACGUAGAAGCUGCACUUGAGGAGGCCCAAGACAUCACCACCUACCUGAAGCCCCUGGCUAGUCACAUCGAGGGCUUUGAAGAAGUGGAUUUCAAUGAGCUACUCCCUAAGCUUGGCCCUCUGAUGCAUGUAGUCUGCCUGAUCUGGAGCAACUCCCAGUAUUACAACACAGCACCAAGGAUCAUCGUGCUCCUACAGGAGAUCUGUAAUUCACUCAUUGAUCAGUGCCGCAAUUUCCUGUCGCCCGAUGAGAUCUUCAAGAUGGAGUGUGAAGAAUCUCUGGAGAAAGUCAAAGGUGCCCUCAUGGUGCUUCAUGGGUUUAAGAACCUCUAUUCCGAGCACCGUGACAAACUGAAGGACUACUUCAAGGAUGGCAGAGAGCCCAUCCUGUGGGAGUUUGCCUCCUCCAUGGUGUUUGCCCGUAUGGACAAGUUUAUGGAGAGACUGGAAAUACUGGAGAAACUUUUUGAGACCACCGUUGAGUUCAGCAAGUUGGAGAAGACAGAGAUGGGAGGCAUGAAGGGAAGAAUGCUGAGCGUUCAGGUAGAGAAAAUCCAUGAGGAGUUCCUGGAGUACGUCAAGGUCUUCUCGGAGAGAAGCUACGAUGGAUUGGACCCACAGUGCCAGGAGUUCCUUGAUGAUUACAAUGUCUUUGAGAAGCAAGUUUAUGACUUGGAUCGACGUCUUGGAUCUCUGCUCUGCCAGGGAUUUGAUGACUGCUCUGGCCUGGAAUCUAUCUUUAAGAUGCUGGACUGCUAUGGGCCGAUGCUUGACCGUCCAGUUAUUAAGGAUGACUUUGAGCCCAAGUACCCCGUCCUCCUGUCCAUGUUCAACUUCGACCUGGACAGGGCCAAGGAAAUCUACGACAUACAGAUGGGCCAAAUCGGCCAGAAGGACGGUCGGGCCCCGCUCAACAAAAACAUGCCAGAGGCGGCCGGGGCACUCAAAUGGUCCAUGGAGCUCCGCUCGAGACUAAGCAGCCCUAUGGCAAGUUUUAAGCACAUUGAACACCCAACUGGAGUCAAGAGGAUCAUCCAAUCUGAAGAGGCCAAUACGGUGUUUACUAAGUACGAAGAAAUGAUGGAUCUGCUGAGCAAGUACAAUGACAUGGUAUAUAAAGAAUGGACAGCAGGAGUAGAUGAAAUCUGUAAAGUCAACCUCAAUCAGCCUCUUGUGACACGAAACAAAGACACAGACCUCAUCAGUGUCAACUUUGAUCCUAAGCUUGUUGCCGUCCUCCGUGAGGUAAAAUACCUUUUGAUUCGAGGAGAAGAAGGCAUCCCCGAGAGUGCAGCAGGCAUCUACGCCAAGCAUGAAACCCUGAGGAAGUUCACCGCCAACCUAGACCUGACCGUUGCCUGGUACAACAAAGUACGUGAGACGGUCCUGGAGGUGGAGUUCCCCUUGGUCGAGAGUCAACUGGCCGGAAUCGACCAGCAGCUCCAGAAGGCCGAGAAGGACCUGAGCUGGGAAGGCGACGGGGUCUGGGAGUACAUCCAGGAGACGCGGGACCAGGUGCGAGACCUGGAGAAGAGGGUGCAGAAGACCAAGGAUAACGUCGACCAGAUCAAGAAGAUCAUGGAGGACUGGUCCAAGACGCCACUAUACGAGAGGAAAGAGCUGAAAGAUAUCGCCCUUCUGGCGCUGGACGACAGAGAGGAGAGGUUGAACAAGAGGUACGGGGAGAUCACCUCUACUGGUGAGAAGAUACACAGUUUAGUUAAGGAAAACUGCGAGCUGUUCAAGGCAGACCCAGCCACCGACACAUGGAAGGCGUACAUCGACUACGUUGACGACAUGCUGGUUGAUGGUUUCUUUGCCUGUAUCAACUGUAGCAUGACCUACAUGCUGGAAAAUACAGACACCAAGUGUAUGUCGCCACUCUUUGAGGCUAAACUGGAACUCCAGGUCCCAGACAUGGUCUUCAUGCCAUCGUUGGACUACGGUAUCGCUGACGGGUUCUAUGACCUAGUCGAGAUGCUAAUCAGUGAUAUCUACAAAAUGGCCUCCCUCGUCAAAAGACUGGCCGAGCACAAUGGAUCUGAGCACUACCAGACUGACUUGGAGGAGAUGCUUGACCUCUCCGACAUGAGGCAAGAGCUGAUGGACCGAGUCAACACCAUCAUGAACAAGGCCCAGGAGUACCGUAACUCCUUUGAUAACUACGCCUAUCUGUGGGUGGACGAUCGUAAGGAGUUCAUGAGGCAGUUCCUCCUGUACAACCACGUCUUGACCACCGAGGAGAUCGAGGCACACGCUGAGGAUGGGGUGCCAGAGUGUCCCCCGACGUUGGACCAGUUUAAGGAACAGGUUGACUCCUAUGAGAAGAUUUACAACGAGGUAGAUGAGAUCGAUGCGAUCCAUAUCUUCGAUACGUGGUUCCGAGUUGACGGCAGACCCUUCAAGCAGGCCCUGCUCAACAUCAUCAAGAAAUGGAGCUUCAUGUUCAAGCAGCACCUCAUUGAUCAUGUCACCAACAGCUUGAGCGAGCUGCAAGAAUUCAUCAAGUCAGCCAAUUCCGGCCUAACCACGCCAGUAGAAGAGGGUGACUAUCACGGUCUAGUGGAUUGUAUGGGUCAUCUGAUGGCCGUUAAGGACAGGCAGUCGGCCACCGAUGAGAUGUUUGAGCCUCUGAAGCAGACCAUCGAGCUCUUGAAGAUCUAUGACCAGGAGAUGCCUGAGGAGGUCCACACACAGCUACAGGAGCUUCCAGAACAGUGGAAUAACACCAAGAAGAUUGCCAUCACUGUCAAGCAGCAGGUGGCGCCCUUACAGGCCAACGAGGUCUCCAUCAUCCGUAGGAAGUGCACCUCGUUUGACGUCAAGCAGCAUGAGUUCAGAGAGAGAUUCCGCAAGGAGGCACCGUUCAUCUUUGAUUUCAAUGAUCCGUACAGAGCUCUCGAUGAAUGUCACAUGACCAUCUUUGAGAUGGAGACCCUCAUGGCGCAGCUUCAAGAAUCAGCAAGUCUGUUUGAGGUGAACGUCACUGACUACAAACAGCUCAAGGCCUGCCGCAAGGAGGUCAGGCUACUGAAAAUCCUCUGGGACAUGAUCGUCAUUGUCCGCUCAAGUAUCAACGACUGGAAGACCACUCUCUGGCAACAGAUCAACGUAGAGCAGAUGGAGAUCGACUGUAAGAAGUUUGCCAAGGACAUCCGCUCACUGGACAAGGAGAUGAGAGCGUGGGAUGCCUAUGGCGGGCUGGAGUCGACCGUCAAGAACAUGCUGACGUCACUGCGGGCUGUGAGUGAGCUGCAGAAUCCGGCUAUCAGGGAUCGGCAUUGGCAACAACUUAUGCAGGCCACAAAGGUGAAAUUCAUCAUGGACGAGGAGACUACCCUAGCCGACCUACUGGCCCUCAACCUGCACAACUUUGAGGACGAGGUACGCAACAUCGUGGACAAAGCCGUGAAGGAGAUGAGCAUGGAGAAGGUCUUGAAGGAGUUGGAUACCACCUGGUCUACCAUGGAGUUUGAGUACGACAAACACCCACGGACGGGGAUACCGUUGUUACGGUCCAGCGAGGAGCUGAUUGAGACGCUUGAGGACAACCAGGUCCAACUUCAGAACCUGAUGACCUCUAAGUACAUCGCCCACUUCCUUGAGGAGGUCUCCGGCUGGCAGAAGAAGCUCUCCAUCGCUGACUCUGUUAUCAGCAUCUGGUUUGAGGUGCAGAGGACGUGGUCUCAUUUGGAGAGUAUCUUCAUCGGGUCAGAGGACAUCCGCAACCAGCUCCCUGAAGAUUCCAAGCGUUUUGAUGGAAUCGACACAGAUUUCAAGGAUCUGAUGGCAGAAGCUGAGAAGACUCCCAAUACAGUACAGGCAACAAACAAAGACGGCUUGUUUGAGAGACUAGAAGCCCUGCAGUCAAAUUUGACCAUCUGUGAGAAGGCCCUUGCGGAGUAUCUGGAGACCAAGCGUCUCGCCUUCCCCAGGUUCUACUUUGUCUCUUCGGCUGAUCUGCUGGACAUUUUGUCUCAGGGAAACAAUCCAACCCUGGUGCAACGUCAUCUUGCCAAGCUGUUUGACAACACUGCUAAGCUGAAGUUUAAGCAGGAUGAUGAUGAUAACGACACUAAGGAAGCCCUGGGAAUGUACAGUAAAGAAGGAGAGUACGUGGAGUUUGACAGUCCAUGCGAGUGCUCUGGACAGGUUGAGGUCUGGUUGAACCGUCUGAUGGAUACCUCCCGCUCCACGGUCCGGAACCAAUUCAACGAGGGUGUGAAUACCUACGAGGAAAAGCCAAGAGAGCAGUGGCUUUAUGACUUCCCUGCCCAGGUGGCCCUGGCCUCUACCCAGGUCUGGUGGUCAACAGAGGUUAAUAUUGCCUUCGCUCGUCUGGAAGAGGGCCAUGAGAACGCCCUGAAGGAAUACAACAAGAAACAGAUCCUGCAGCUGAAUACCUUGAUCCUGCUUCUGGUUGGUGACCUGUCUAGGGGUGACAGACAAAAGAUUAUGACCAUCUGUACCAUCGAUGUACACGCCCGUGAUGUGGUUGCAAAACUCGUCCUUAACAAGAUUGAGAACGCUCAAGCCUUCCAGUGGUUGAGUCAGUUACGUCAUCGCUGGGAUGAUGAUGGCAAACAUUGCUACGCUAACAUCUGUGAUGCCCAGUUCCGCUACUCCUACGAGUAUCUCGGUAACACGGCUCGUCUGGUCAUCACCCCUCUCACUGACAGAUGCUACAUCACUCUGACCCAGUCACUCCAUUUAGUGAUGAGCGGUGCUCCUGCCGGCCCAGCAGGAACCGGUAAGACUGAGACCACUAAGGAUCUUGGCAGAGCCUUGGGUAUCAUGGUCUACGUCUUCAACUGCUCCGAGCAGAUGGACUACAAGUCCUGUGGUAACAUCUACAAGGGUCUGUCUCAAACUGGAGCCUGGGGAUGCUUUGAUGAGUUCAAUCGUAUCUCCGUUGAGGUGCUGUCUGUGGUGGCUGUCCAGGUCAAGUGUGUCCAGGACGCUAUUCGUGACAAGAAGACCAACUUUAACUUCCAAGGGGAGGAGAUCACGAUGGUUCCUACCGUUGGUAUCUUCAUCACCAUGAAUCCCGGCUACGCUGGGAGGACUGAGUUACCAGAGAACCUCAAAGCUCUCUUCAGACCAUGUGCCAUGGUGGUCCCUGACUUUGAGUUGAUUUGUGAGAUCAUGUUGGUGGCAGAAGGUUUCCUGGAGGCUCGUCUACUUGCCCGUAAAUUCAUCACACUGUACACACUGUGUAAAGAACUGCUCUCAAAACAGGACCACUACGAUUGGGGCUUACGUGCCAUCAAGUCCGUACUCGUGGUGGCCGGCUCCCUGAAACGUGGCGAUAAACAGCGUCCAGAAGACCAGGUCCUCAUGCGAGCCCUUCGCGACUUCAACAUCCCCAAGAUCGUGACAGACGACUUUCCCGUCUUCAUGGGUCUGAUCACGGAUCUGUUCCCGGCCCUGGACGUGCCCCGUAAGAGGUCUCCAGACUUCGAGGCUCUGGUUAAGAAGUCCACGCUGGAUCUAAAGCUCCAGGCUGAGGAUAACUUCAUCUUGAAGGUGGUGCAGCUUGAAGAGCUCCUUGCCGUCAGACAUUCUGUGUUCGUCAUCGGAAACGCUGGAACAGGGAAAAGCAAGGUGUUGAAGGUUCUGAACCGCACCUACACGAACAUGAAGCAGAAACCUGUCAUGCAGAUCCUGAAUCCUAAAGCAGUGACCAACGACGAGUUGUUUGGAAUCAUCAACCCUGCUACACGAGAAUGGAAAGAUGGUUUGUUCUCUGUGAUCAUGCGAGAUAUGAGUAAUAUUACUCACGACUACAACAAGUGGAUCGUACUGGAUGGUGACAUUGAUCCCAUGUGGAUCGAGUCUCUCAACACCGUCAUGGAUGACAACAAGGUUUUGACGUUGGCCAGUAACGAACGCAUUCCUUUGAGUCCGUCUAUGCGUCUACUGUUUGAGAUCAGUCAUCUGCGUACCGCCACUCCUGCGACUGUAUCCAGAGCUGGUAUCCUGUAUAUCAAUCCAUCUGAUCUGGGCUGGAACCCGAUUGUAACCAGUUGGAUUGAGACGAGAGAGGUGCAGUCAGAGCGAGCCAACCUCACAAUCCUCUUCGAUAAAUAUCUCCCACCGGUGCUUGAUACCCUCAGAAUACGCUUCAAGAAGAUCAUUCCAAUCCCAGAGCAAAGCAUGGUGCAGAUGUUGUGCUACCUGCUGGAGGUCUUACUGACCCCAGACACCACCCCACCAGACUGCUCCAAGGAACUCUACGAGCUCUACUUUGUCUUUGCCUGCGUCUGGGCUUUCGGUGGUGCCAUGUUUCAGGAUCAGUUGGUCGACUACCGUGUGGAAUUCAGCAAGUGGUGGGUGACUGAAUUCAAGACCAUCAAGUUCCCGGGUCAAGGGACGGUCUUUGAUUACUACAUUGAUCCCGGCUCCAAGAAGUUCAUCCCAUGGACUGAGAUGGUACCCAAGUUUGAGUUGGACCCUGAAAUUCCUCUACAGGCUGUCCUAGUACACACCGCUGAAACAACGCGUGUUCGGUACUUUACGGAUCUGUUGAUGGCCAAGGGUCGCCCCGUCAUGCUCGUCAGUAACGCUGGUCUCGGUAAAAGCGUACUCGUCGGUGACAAACUCAACGCGCUGUCCGAGGACUACAUGGUGGCCAAUGUACCCUUCAAUUACUACACUACGUCAGAGAUGUUGCAAGGUGUCCUUGAAAAGCCCCUUGAGAAGAAGGCCGGCCGUAACUUCGGUCCGCCAGGCAGCAAGAAACUAGUGUACUUCAUUGACGACAUGAACAUGCCAGAGGUAGACACCUACGGUACCGUGCAGCCGCACACCCUCAUCCGCCAGCACAUGGAUUACAAGUGCUGGUACGACCGCACUAAGCUGUCGUUGAAGGAGGUUCACAACUGCCAGUAUGUGUCAUGCAUGAACCCAACGGCCGGUAGUUUCACCAUCAAUUCCAGACUUCAGCGUCAUUUCUGCGUCUUUGCCUUGAGCUUCCCUGGAGCGGACGCCCUCGUGCACAUCUACAGCAGCAUCCUCUCCCAGCAUCUGGGGCUGAUCACAGCGCCCUCUUCAGUCCAGAAGAUGUGCGGCACUGUCGUCCAGGCGGCCCUGGACCUCCACAAGAAGGUGGCCCAGACCUUCCUGCCGACUGCCAUCAAGUUCCACUACGUCUUCAACCUCAGGGACCUCUCCAAUAUUUUCCAGGGUCUUUUGUACUCAACCUCCGACUGCCUGAAGGCGCCAGUGGACUUUGUGCGCCUAUGGCAACAUGAGGCCACUCGUGUCUACGGUGACAAGCUUGUUGAAGAUAAGGACAUUGAGAUGUUCAACAAGACCAUCCAUGACUUCAGCAAGAAAUAUUUUGAGGAUGUCGAUGAGCAAGCGAUGAUGGCCAAGCCUAACAUCUACUGUCACUUCGCCAGCGGCAUCGGUGAACCCAAGUACCUUUCGGUACCAGACUGGCCAGACCUAAGCAAGCUCCUGGUCGAGGCCUUGGAUAGCUACAAUGAAAUCAACGCUGUCAUGAGCCUGGUGUUGUUUGAGGACGCCAUGCAGCAUGUCUGUCGUAUCAAUCGUAUCCUGGAGUCGCCUCGAGGUAACGCUCUUCUCGUUGGUGUAGGAGGCAGCGGCAAGCAGAGUCUUGCUCGUCUGGCUGCGUACAUCAGCAGCUUGGAGGUGUAUCAGAUAACAUUGAGGAAAGGUUACGGCAUUCCAGAUCUCAAGCUCGACUUGGCACAGACCUGCCUGAAGGCCGGCCUGAAGAACAUUGGAACGGUCUUUUUAAUGACAGACGCCCAGGUCGCCGAUGAAAAGUUCCUGGUCCUCAUCAACGAUCUCCUCGCUUCGGGAGAGAUCCCGGGCCUGCUUGCUGAUGACGAGAUUGAGAAUGUCAUCGCAGGUGUUCGCAAUGAGGUCAAAGGUCAAGGGUUGCAAGACACACGUGAGAACUGCUGGAAGUUCUACAUUGACAGGUUGCGACGUCAGUUGAAGGUGGUUCUUUGUUUCUCCCCCGUGGGUAACACUCUCCGUGUACGAGGUCGUAAGUUCCCAGCCAUCACUAACUGCACUAGCAUCGAUUGGUUCCAUGAGUGGCCACAAGAGGCCUUGGUGUCUGUCAGCAAACGAUUCCUGGAGGAGGUGGAUCUCCUUGGGCCUGAACUAAAGGGUUCCGUUGCGGAGUUCAUGGCCUUCGUGCACACCAGCGUCAAUGAGAUGAGCAAGAUCUACCUGCAGAAUGAGAGACGCUACAACUACACCACGCCCAAGAGCUUCUUGGAGCAGAUUAAGCUGUACCAGAACCUACUGGGCCAGAAGAGUAAAGAGUUGACUGCUAAGAUGGAACGUCUGGAGAAUGGUCUGACCAAGCUGCAGAGUACAGCACAACAGGUGGACGACCUGAAAGCCAAGCUGGCCUCCCAGGAAGCCGAGCUGAAGCUCAAGAAUGAGGAUGCAGACAAGCUGAUCCAGAUCGUCGGAGUAGAGACGGAGAAGGUCAGCAAGGAGAAGGCCAUCGCUGAUGAUGAAGAGAAGAAAGUGGCCGCUAUCAACCUGGCCGUCUCUAAGAAGGCCAGGGAAUGCGAGGAAGAUCUGGCCAAGGCUGAACCUGCUCUCAAGGCCGCCCAGGAGGCUCUGAAUACCCUCAAUAAGAACAACUUGACAGAGUUGAAGUCUUUCGGUUCGCCACCGUCCCAGGUAGUCUUUGUGUCUGCUGGAGUGAUGGUGCUCCUCGCUCCCAAUGGGAAGGUACCCAAGGACAGAAGCUGGAAGGCAGCCAAGGUUAUGAUGGCAAAGGUGGACGCCUUCUUGGAUCAGCUGAUCAACUACGACAAAGAGCACAUCCCAGAGAGCAGUCUGAAGGCCGUCAGGCCCUACAUCGAUAACCCAGACUUUGAUCCCGAGCUCAUCCGCAGCAAGUCAAACGCCGCUGCUGGUCUGUGCUCAUGGGCCAUCAACAUCGUCAAGUUCUACGAGGUGUACUGCGAUGUUGAGCCCAAGCGUCUGGCUCUGCAGAAGGCCAAUGAUGAGCUGCAGGCUGCCCAGGACAAACUCACCAUCAUCAAGGCUAAGAUUGCGGAGUUGGAUUCCAAUUUGGCUGAGCUGACCGCUAAGUUUGAGAAGGCAACGGGAGACAAACUGAAGUGCCAGCAGGAAGCAGAGGCUACCAACAACACCAUCACACUGGCUAACCGCUUAGUGGGUGGACUGGCCUCUGAGAAUGUCCGCUGGGGAGAGGCCGUGGCUGCGUUCAAAGAAGCUGAGAAGACAUUGCCUGGUGAUGUGCUUCUGAUUACUGCCUUUGUUUCCUACAUGGGAUGCUUCACUAAGAGCUUCCGUCUGGAACUUAUGGACAAGAUGUGGCUGCCGUUUAUCAAAACACAAAAGGUUCCGAUUCCCACCACCGAGGGCCUUGACCCACUCAGCUUGCUGACGGACGACGCCACCAUCGCCAGCUGGAACAACGAGAGUCUACCCAGCGAUCGUAUGUCCACAGAGAACGCCACCAUCCUGUCCAGCUGUGAACGCUGGCCGCUGAUGAUCGAUCCCCAACUCCAGGGUGUCAAAUGGAUCAAGACCAAAUACGGGGAGGAUCUGAGGACCGUCCGUCUCGGGACGCGCGGUUACCUGGACGUGAUCGAGAGAGCGAUCGCCAACGGAGACACGGUACUGAUUGAGAACAUGGAAGAAUCGGUGGAUCCGGUGUUGGAUCCCGUACUGGGACGUAACACCAUCAAGAAAGGAAGAUACAUCAAGAUUGGUGACAAAGAGGUUGAAUACAACCCUCUGUUCCGUCUGAUCCUUCACACCAAGCUGGCCAACCCUCAUUACAAACCAGAGAUGCAGGCCCAGACGACACUCAUCAAUUUCACUGUCACCCGGGACGGCCUGGAGGAUCAGCUCCUCGCUAACGUGGUGGCCCAAGAAAGACCUGAUCUGGAGAAACUUAAGUUGGACCUGACCAAGCAGCAGAAUGAUUUCAAGAUCAUCCUGAAGGAGCUGGAAGACAAUCUCCUCUCCCGUCUCUCCUCGGCCGAGGGCAACUUCCUGGGUGAUACCGCCCUCGUUGAGAAUCUGGAGACGACAAAGCGCACCGCCGCCGAGAUCGAGGUCAAAGUAGAUGAGGCCAAGAUCACGGAGGUGAAGAUCAACGAGGCGAGAGAGCUGUACCGUCCGGCCGCCGCCAGGGCAUCCCUCAUGUACUUUAUCCUGAACGAUCUGAACAUGAUCAAUCCUAUCUACCAGUUCUCGCUCAAGGCUUUCAACGUAGUAUUUUCCAAGGCUAUUGAGAGAGCGGAACCAUCAGAUGAAGUCAAGGAACGUGUGAUGAAUCUUAUCGACUUCAUCACCUACUCAGUCUUCAUCUACACCACAAGAGGUCUGUUUGAGCAAGACAAGCUUAUCUUCACAACGCAAGUGGCUCUCCAAAUUCUUCUGAUGAAGAAAGAGAUCAACCCUAUUGAGCUGGACUUCCUGCUCCGUUUCCCGUCUCAAGUCAACGUCACUAGUCCAGUGGACUUCCUCUCCAACCCAGCCUGGGGUGCUAUCAAGUCGCUAGCCGCAAUGGAAGAGUUCCGUAACUUGGAUCGUGACAUCGAAGGCUCAGCCAAACGAUGGAAGAAGUUCGUGGAGAGUGAAUGCCCAGAGAAGGAGAAGUUCCCCCAGGAGUGGAAGAACAAGUCGUCCCUGCAGAAGUUGUGCAUGAUGAGAGCUCUGCGCUCGGACAGAAUGUCAUACGCAGUCAGGAAUUUCAUUGAGGAGAAGCUCGGCCCUAAGUACGUUGAGAAUCGCGCCGUGGAAUUCUCCAAAUCCUUUGAGGAGACCGGACCGGCCACGCCCGUAUUCUUCAUCCUCUCUCCGGGUGUGGACCCGCUGAAGGACGUAGAAGCUCUCGGCAAGAAGAUCGGCUGGACGUUCGACAACAAGAACUUCCAUAAUGUGUCACUGGGACAGGGCCAGGAAAUUGUUGCAGAGCAGAGCAUGGACCUCGCUGCUAAGGAGGGUCAUUGGGUCAUCCUCCAGAACAUUCACUUGGUGGCCAAGUGGUUGAGUACCCUUGAAAAGAAGCUGGAAGCUACCGGUGAAGGUAGCCAUCCUGACUACCGUGUCUUCAUGAGCGCUGAGCCCGCUGGCACCCCAGAAAGCCAUUACAUUCCACAGGGUAUCCUUCAAGCCUCUAUUAAGAUCACCAACGAGCCUCCGACCGGUAUGUUCGCCAACCUCCACAAGGCUCUCUAUAACUUUGACCAAGACACUCUAGAGAUGUGCGCUCGUGAGGCAGAGUUCAAAGCCAUCCUCUUCUCUCUGUGUUACUUUCACGCCGUGGUGGCAGAGAGGCGCAAGUUCGGCCCCCAGGGCUGGAACAGAGUGUAUCCUUUCAACACUGGUGAUCUGACGAUCUCGGUCAAUGUGCUCUACAACUACUUGGAGGCUAACUCUAAGGUGCCAUGGGAGGAUCUUCGCUACCUGUUUGGUGAGAUCAUGUACGGAGGUCAUAUCACCGACGACUGGGACAGAAGACUGUGUAGAACCUACCUUGAGGAAUACAUGCAACCAGACAUGCUCGACGGUGAAGUAUACCUGGCACCAGGCUUUCCCAUCCCACCCAACUCGGACUACGUCGGCUACCAUCAGUACAUAGAUGAGAUACUCCCGCCUGAGAGCCCUUACCUCUACGGGCUUCAUCCCAAUGCCGAGAUCGGCUUCUUGACCACCACCUCAGACAAUCUCUUCAAGGUGGUGUUGGAGAUGCAGCCUCGAGACAGCGGUGCAGGAGCAGGCGGUGGAAGCAGUAGAGAGGAGAAGAUCAAAUCCCUGCUGGACGAGAUGACGGAGAAGCUGCCGGAUGAGUUCAACAUGUUGGAGAUCAUGGGCAAGGUAGAGGAGCGAACCCCGUACAUCGUGGUGGCCUUCCAGGAAUGUGAACGUAUGAACAUGCUGACCUCUGACAUGAGACGCUCGCUCAAAGAGCUGGACCUCGGGUUGAAGGGUGAGCUCACAAUUACAUCGGACAUGGAAGAUUUGAGCAACGCGCUGUUCCUGGACCAGGUACCAGAGACCUGGAAUAAGCGUGCUUACCCAAGCAUGUUGGGUCUGUCGGCCUGGUACGCCGACCUGUUACUGCGAAUCAAGGAGCUGGAAAGUUGGACGGCCGACUUUGCCCUCCCCACCGUCGUCUGGCUGGGCGGCUUCUUCAACCCUCAGAGCUUCCUGACCGCUAUCAUGCAGUCCAUGGCUCGCAAGAACGAGUGGCCCCUGGAUAAGAUGUGUCUGCAGUGUGACGUCACCAAGAAGAACAAAGAAGACUUCAGCAGCCCGCCCCGCGAGGGCGCUUACGUUCACGGACUCUUCAUGGAGGGCGCAAGAUGGGACACCCAGAUCGGCAUGAUCGCCGAUGCGCGCCUUAAGGAGCUGGCCCCUAGUAUGCCCGUCACCUUCAUUCGCGGUAUAUCGGUCGACAAACAGGAGACGCGUAACAUCUACGAGUGCCCGGUUUACAAGACAAAACAGCGUGGGCCCACGUUCGUCUGGACCUUUAACCUCAAGUCCAAGGAGAAGCCAGCUAAGUGGACUCUAGCCGGUGUAGCUCUUCUGCUACAAGUCUAGAGAUAAAUGGAAAUAAUACUCAACAACUUCGAUACUUUCUGAGGUACGAUGUACACAGAGUUCUUGGAUAUUAUGCAAAACUUAGCAUAAUAACGAAAAACUACUUUCAGAGUGGGUGUAUAUCUUCCAACUUUGUUAUAAAAAUAUACAACAUAUAAACAAACAAAUUUCAUUCAUACAGCAAAAAAUACAAACUAAUUUCUUGAAUCAGAUUUUUCCAGAUUCACAAUCACUGGAGGAUUAUUAACUAGCAAGUUUUAACAUUUGAUGUUUACUUUUAGGUGAAUAAGGGAAUAAUUGACUAUGAAGGGAUACAUUGACCUCCAGAUUAACAGGCUUGUUGCUCUACCAACCAAACUAUCUAGCCCUAUGUUGGUAGUCCUUGUUUAUAUAUAGUUGUAGUUUACCCAAGUUUACGCUACAACCUGAGAAGGACCAACACAGGUAUCACCUUCAGAAGAUUGUUGUGAAAUAUUUUGUGUGACCAAAUUCAGCAACACUCUCUUCCAAGUAGCCUGUCUUGGGGUACUUGAUGACAGCAUUAUUGAACAAAAAACAGAGAUAAUGUAAAGGGUAAAUAAAAAUGUUAAAACAUUUUAAAACAUUCAAUGAAUUCUAGAACUUCUUUGGUUAUAUGUAUAUAUUUGUUGAUGUAAAUAUUCCAAAUGCUCUUGAGUUUAACAGUUUCCGUAUCGCAGUUUGGGGAUGAAAUGUAACAAAAGUUUGUCGCUACACUAAAACAAUUCCAAAAUGUGAAAUAUGUGACUUUUAUUGCAAAUAUGUUUUUUUUUAGACUAACAUUUGUAAAUGGUCACUUAUAAGGUGAUUCCGCCAGCGGGGUCAUGGCCCUGGCUUCUGUCUAGAUACGAAAACAUUUUUUAAAAAUCAUUCAAAAUCUUCUGAAUUUAAAUCGCAAUGUUUUCUAUCAAAAAGUGUCCUUUCUCUUGUACUUGAAUAAACUUGCCUAAUGAUACUGUAUCUUCAUUCUAGCACCCCAGUUGUGCCUUUAAAGUUUCUAACAAUGAAUUAUUUUAGAACUGAGAAUGUAUGUCGAGUCAAGAUUUUGAAAUUUUGAAAGCAAUAAUAACCCCAGGUCUUUUGAGCGAUUUACUGGGAUCCUUUGUAGCUCUUUAAUAAAACCCUACAUCAAUAUGGUAAACUAAACACCCAAACUGUUCAACUCUAACUAUAAGGUGGUUGGUAUGCCUUGUAAUUAUGUAUCAGUUUAGGAAGUGCAAUCCUCAGUCCAACUAAAUCAAACAAAACAUGCAGUAAGAUUUUGAAGGGGUGAGGUGGUUGGGGGUAUUAAGAAAGGUGGCCAUGUUUACACAGGUUUCAGUAGCAGUUCUUUACCAGAAAUGUAUGGGUACUUUUUUGUGUGUUUUAUAUUUGUAAAAAAAAAA